UGGGAGAGUGGAGAUGGGUGGGUGGUGGUGGUGGUGGCGGCGGUGGUGGUGGUAGAGGGGGGGCGUGUUGGGUAUUCAGCUGGUCAUUGCAAGGUGGACGGAGACUGCCAGGGGGUGGUGGCUAGAGGGAGGUGCCCCAGCCCCCCCUGCCGCUGUGUGCUGGGGGGGGAUGGGACGGCCACGGGGGGCAGAUGUUUACCCUUGAGAAGACUGGGAGAGGAGUGUCUGAGGGAUGGUCAAUGUGUGCCUGUUAAAACUGGACUGGUGUGUAGGUACAGAAGGUGUGGGCGUAGGGAGAUUUCCUCCGUGCACUCCGCCCACGAGGGACCACGCCCGCGCCCUCACACGCCCGUAGAAUCAAUAUACGUGAGACAGGCAAUGUAUUACCUUCUAAUGGGUCUCGCUGUGGUUGGAAUGCUGUUGGCUUUAAAUGCUUAUCUUCGCUGCUUCCGCCCACCAGCCACGCCUACGCCCAUCCCACGCCCUCCGCCGCCACGCACGCCCUCACUGGAUGCCCCGCCGCCCUAUGCUUCCAUCCAGCCGCCCUCAUAUGAGCAGGCAACACGUGGGCGGCGACAUAGCUUCAGCGGGCGUGGGGAGGCGGCGUGUCUGGUGCGGGGCGGGGCGGGGCAGUACGGGGCAACCCUUUCCUCCCCACUCGUUUCCUCCUCCUCCAUGAUAGAUCUCUCCUCCCCCCAACCUCUCAGUAGGCGUGUAAGCUCCCCACAGGAUACACAAGACGAUCUAGAGCGCUCCCCAACUCCCCAGUCCUUUGGAACUCCCCACUUAUCUCCCCAGCCACCUGAAAUACCCCAAUUUUCUCCCCAGUUAACCCCAGAGACCUCAGUUUAUCUCUCCAACUCUUCAACACCCCAACAAUCUCCCCAGUCGCCUGAAACAUCACAAUAUUCUCCCCAGUUUGCCUCAGAGACGUCAAAUUAUCUCCCCAACUCCUCUUCGACACUCCAACAGUCUCCCCAGUCCUCCCCAACCCUCCAGGACGUUAAUUUGUCUCCCCAGUCCCCAGUAACUCCCUUUUUCUCUCCCCAGUCGCCUGAAACACCCCAGAAUUCUACUAACUCCUCCCCAGCACCUCGGGACUCUGAUUUCACUUCCCAAUUUUCUCCCCAAUCCUCUUUAAACCUCCAGGAACCCAAUUUAUCUCCCCAAUUUACGUUCCAUUCCUCCCCAACACCUCAGGACCCCCAGUUUCCUCCCCAAGUUCUUGAAACACCCCAGAACUCUCCCUUGUCGCCUCAAACACCCCAAUCUCCUCCCCAGUCAUCGAAACCCCUUCCUUAGUCUCCCGUUUAUUAAUUUACUCUCCCCAGCUCUCCCUGUCCCCUCCCCCCUCUCCCCAGUAACUAAUGGGUGACUUUUAUUUUUCCUUUCUUUCUUGCUUUUUCUUUUUUUUCGUUAUUUUUUUCUCCUUUAUAUUCGUUUUCUUUCACUUCCUAUUAUUAUUUUUUUCUUUCUCGCCCUUUUUCUUCUUGUUUUCGUUUUUCUUUUUUCUUCCUCUUCCUCCUCUUAUUCAUAAUGAUGUAAACAUAUAAUCUAUCUUUCCCAUUUCAUACCUUCGUGCAUUGUUACCAGUAUUAUCGUACCUUCAUUACUAUUGUCAUAUUAUUAUUACUAGCAUAUCUGUUCGAACUGACUUGUAAUAAAGAUCUAUUAUAUUA